AUGUCUGCAACAGCGACAUCAGGCACGAAUUCGCCGCCGUUGGAGAAGUCCGGUGGCGCAGACCCUAUGGGUCGGUCGUCCAUCGGCAAAGAGGCUCAGACAGGACAAUCAGACGAAGGCGAGACUCGCGGCGGCUCUUUCGAGGGCGGUGACAGCUCCGAGCAAGGCUCUGCAGGGGACGAUAUCUCCUCUGCCAUGUCAUCGGCCAAAGAUAGCAUCAAGGCGUCCGGAGGAAGCUCAGAAGUGUCUCAAUAGCUUGCUGCUUCACGAAGACAAAGAUCACUAAGCCUAUAAACCGAGAAGCAAGUCACGACACAACUACGAAGCCGUCAAAGCGCGCGUC